AUGAAUAAAUGGGUAUUAAAAGACCUUUUGCUGAAUCAUCCAAUAAUUUUAUAUGAAGGAAAUGAAGAUAAAAAAUAUGUAUAUCCAAGUAUAGGCAAUUUUCCUAUAAUUAUAAAUAAUGAUAUGUUGAUAUAUGGAUAUGGAAAAUAUUUAUUAUUUUUUUGUUUAAAAGACAUGAAGUUUAUAAAAAUAAUAGAUGAUCAUGAGAGCGCUAUAAGAUCAUUAGAUAAUUAUAUGGAUGGUGAAUUUUUUUUAACAACAGGAGAUGAUAAGACAAUAAUUAUAUAUGACAAAAAUUGGUGUAAGUAUAUGAAAAUAUUACACAAAAAAAAAGUUGUUAAAGCAUAUUUCUUAAAAGAAGCGGAAAAAAGUGAACAUUUUAAAAUAUUAUUUAUUGAUAAGUAUGGAGAUAUAUAUAUAUACAAGCCACCAAAAUAUGUUACAGAAGAAAAAAAUAAUAACAUGUUAGAAAUAAAUAACAAAGAAAAUAAUUAUGAAACCAUACAAUUAUUAUACUUAUAUGAUUCUUUAAAUGAUGUUGAAGAGAAAGAUGAAGAUAUAUUUUUUAUGAAGGAAUUUGAUCAAGCAUAUAAUGAGGAUAUUUUAUUAAAUCAUAGUGAUAAUGAAAAAAAUAAAGAAUCUAUUAAUUAUGAAAUAUAUAAAAAUAAUGAUAAUUCUGAUAAUAAUUAUGAAACCAAUUUAAAUGAAAAAAAUGAAAUAUUAAAUAUAAAUUUAAUAAAAAAAAAAUUAGAGAAUCAUUAUGCUGAAUGUUUUAAAAAUGAAAAUUUAUUAUAUCCAAUACAUACAUGUAAUUCUAGUGUAAUUUCAUUAUAUUAUGAUCAUAAAUUUUUAAUAAUAGGAGAUAGAGAUGAAAAAAUAAGAAUUAUUAAAAAUAAAAAAAUUCAUAAAAUAUAUAACUUUUAUUUAUAUCAUAAACUAUUUAUAACAUGUGUUGAAUUAAUAAAUGAACAUAUUUUUUGUUCAGCAUCAGCUGAUUGUUAUGUACAUUUAUGGAAUAUUAAAAAAAAACAAGUUAUCGAUUCUUUAUAUCUUGAUAUGAAUUUUUUAUCUAAGUAUGUAAAGUUAUCAUCUAUAUUUUCUAACAUGUCAAAUAUUGAGAAUUAUAAAUUUUUAAUUAAUAUUAUAUUUUUUCAUAAAAAAAGUUUUUCUCUCUUUGCUAUUAUUGAAAAUGUGAAAGGAUUCUUAAUCAUACCCUUAAAAGAAAAAAACGAAAAUAAUAAUAAUAAUAAUAAUAAUUUGGUAGUAUUUAAUGAGGAAAAAAUAUAUUUUUAUCAAUUAGAAGAAGAUGUAUUAUCAUUCACAUUUUUAAGUUUAAAUAAUGAGAACGAUGUUCUCUUAUUUGUUGACAGAAAGGAAGGUAACUUACAUAAAAUAGAUUUUAAUGAUGAUAAUACUUUGUCUAAAGAUAUAAAGAUCUUUCCUCAUUCUUUUUUCACCCCAUCGGAUAUGAUAGAUAUUGGCCUCAUUAAUUAUUGGAAGCACACAACAAUCGAGGGCAUCAUUAAUUAA